AUGCCACUGCUCGGUCGAGAAAAGGGCCGCAGCCCGAGAUCUCGAAGAUCGGACGAUGAAUUCGUCGUGUUCCUCCAGGGGAUUCCAGCGCACUGUCGUUGGCAAGAAUUGAAGGAUUUGGUGCGCCAGACUGCUCUGCAUAUUCGCCAAGCUGUAGUCUACGAUGAUAGCCAUGGCUUCCCCACAGGUCUGGGUCAGAUCAUAGUCAAGAAUGAGGAUGAAGCUUGGCGGACUUAUCAUCGACUAUCCACCAACGGAUGGGAAGGCCAGAGCCUGGUCGUGACACUGGCACGCACCAGUUCUCCUACCAAACCCAUUGCUGGGCCUACAAGAAGUCCACCCGCAAUGAUUCAAGCCUACAUGUCGGGCCAUUCCACACCACCGCGGUCUCAAGGAAAUAUGACUAUGCCUCCGUCACCUAUCUCACCCGAAUCCGUCCACUCUGCUAGUCCAACCUACCCAUACCCCGAAUUCGCACCAAUGGUAGGCCCAAUGGCGAUGCCUCCACAGCCCUACAUGCCCAUGAUCCCAGAACCCAUGCAAUGCGUCCCGCCAUCCCCGAUGAUGCACUGCUCAAUGUACGACGCCCCGGGAUGGAACAUGAUGCCCAUGUACCCAAUCUCCCCAGUGCAACCCCUCCACGACAACGCAGGAGACCACUCUCCCCGACGCUUCCACCCGCGCAAGCCAUGGGCCAACUACCCAGUCCCAUCAAGCUCCCCAGUUCCCGAUCUCGCCCAGCGAGCAGUCUACAUCCAAAACCUGAACCCAGCAACCAAAACCGCAGACGUGGAGGCCCUCCUUCAAUGCAUGGGUACCGUUGAGCAGUGCAAGGUAACGGUGACCUCCGACAUUCACGAUCCCCACGCGCAAGCCCUCGCUUCUGCGAUCAUGCAUAGCGUCGACGAAGCGAAGCGUGUCGUGAACACAUUCAAUGGGAUGAUGUUCAUGGGCUCCCGGAUCCGUGUUAGAAUGGACCAUUCGCUCGAUAUCCCCCGAAGAGAGAGUUGGGAUGGGAUGGUCACGCGGGAUGAGCCCGAUAUGACGGAGCAGACGGCCAGUGAGGAGAGUUCUGAGUGCAGUGGCUGUGGACAAGAUGUCUAUUUCCCGGAACCAAAGCGGAUUGAUUCGCACAAGCCGCUAGUUGUUGAUGGGAGUGGGCUGCAGAAGAAGUCAUUAGAGUUGUUGUCCACAUCGGCGCCAACCUAG